AUGUCUGUAUUUUUCAGUAACUUAUCAACUAAUGACUCUAGCUUGCAGAAAGAAAAUCGUAAUUCGACGGAUCCAGCAGGACCUCCGAAUAUCUAUCUUUUUUGCCUGACAAGCCUGAUGACUCUGGCAGCCCUGGCGGGCAGCAUCUAUUCGCUGGUGUCCCUGCUGAAAAUGCAGAACAGAACUGUGGUGUCCACGCUUGUGGCUUCGUGGUCUGGGGAUGACCUCAUGAGCAUCCUGUCGGUGACCAUCUUCCUGUUCCUGCAGUGGCCAAAAGAGGCCCCUGACCACUUCCAGCCCCUGUGCACCACCUCUGCCUUACUGUAUCUGUGCCAGGGGCUCUCCAGCAACUUGAAGGCGACUCUGCUGGUCUCCUACAACUUUCGCACGAUGCGCGGGGCCGCGGGGAGCGGGCCGGCCCCGGGAGGAGCGGGCCGGGCGCUGGGCGCGGCGUUGGCCGUGUGGGCGGUCAGCCUGCUGCUGGCCUCGCCACCGCUGGGCGGCUGGGGCGCCUUCGUGCGCACGCCCUGGGGCUGCCUGGCCGACCGCUCCAGCUCCUACGUGCUGCUCCCCUUCGCCGUGUACUCCGCGGCCUUCGCGCUCCUGGCGGGCCUCUCGGUGCCGCUCACCCACCAGCUGCUGUGCUCGGAGGAGCCGCCCAGACUGCGCGCCAACUACCGGGCGAUGCCCCGCGGCGCGUGCACGCCCGGGACUCCUCCGACCGCGGGCGGCGGGCUCGCCCGGUCCCCGGACGGCGCUGCGGGCCCGGCCCUGCGGGGCGCGGGAACUCGGCCCCCGACCUCGGCCGCUGCGCUCGGACCGAGGCCGGGCGGGGGGUCCCGGGGGGCUGUCCACGGCCCCCGCAGCCUCGCCGUGAGCGCGGCGCAGAGGCGCUUCUCUUUCGUCCUGGCGCUGGCGAAGGUCGUCCUGUGGCUGCCCAUGAUGGUCCACAUGGUGGUCCAGCACGCCGUGGGGUCUCAGAGCCUUCCCUUCGAGACACUCAGCUUCCUCCUAACCCUGCUGGCCGCCACUGUGACCCCAGUGUUCGUCCUGUCCAAACGCUGGGCCCACCUGCCCUGUGGCUGCGUCAUCGACUGCAAGCAGGGCGCCUGUGAGGUUGCGUCGGACGGGAGGAAAGCCAAGAGGAGAGGCUUUGAAUUCAAUCUAUCUUUCCAACGAAGUUAUGGAAUUUAUAAAAUAGCAUAUGAAGAUUACUAUGACGAUGCUGAAAAUUCUACAUCAUAUCACAGUCUCAUGAACUACGAGUGCAAAACUGCAAAAGACUCUCAGAGAGACUCUUGUGAUAUCUUCAACGCCAUAAAAGUGGAAAUCAGCACUACACCCUGUCUGGACAGCUCCACCCUGAAAGGCAUCAACAAAUGCACGAAUACUGAUAUUACAGAGGCUGAACAGGAUUCCCACAGUCAAAGGGGCGUUGAUCUACUGGUUUCCGAAAAAACAGGAGGUGACAUUAACUAUGAAGAAACCACCUUUUUGGAAGGGCCAGAAAGAAGACUUUCUCAUGAGGAGAGUCAGAAACCAGACCUCUCAGACUGGGAAUGGUGUAGGAGUAAAUCAGAAAGAACCCCUCGUCAGCGCUCUGGUGGUGGCCUGGCCAUCCCCCUGUGUGCAUUCCAGGGCACCGUGUCUCUCCAAGCGCCUACAGGGAAAACUCUUUCUCUGUCUACCUAUGAGGUAAGCGCAGAAGGACAAAAAAUAUCCCCAGCCUCUAAGAAAAUAGAAGUCUAUCGAUCCAAAAGUGUCGGCCAUGAGCCAAACUCUGAGGAUUCUCCCGCCACGUUCGCGGACGCCAGUGUGAAAAUACACUUGGAAGUUCUUGAAAUCUGUGAUAAUGAGGAGGCCUUGGACACCGUGUCAAUCAUUAGCAACAUCAGCCAGUCGUCCACACAGGUCAGAUCGCCAUCUCUGCGCUACUCCCGGAAAGAAAACAGAUUCGUCUCGUGUGACUUAGGGGAGACAGCCUCCUACUCUCUCUUCUUGCCCACAAGUAGUCCUGAAGGGGACAUCAACAUCUCCAUCCCGGACACGGUGGAAGCACACAGGCAGAACAGCAAGAAGCAGCGUCAGGAGAGGGAGGGGCACCAAGAGGAAAUCCAGCUGUUGAACAAAGCCUACAGGGAGAGAGAGCGAGCGAGCCAAGGGGCCCGUGAUCCCCUGGUCUAA